AAAGAAAACAAAUCAAACGUUUAUUGACUUCUUACUUUUCUCCAUAAGAAAUUUCCAGCAGACACAGUUAAUAAAUCUUUACCAAAAAAAUAAUGUGCAUUUUUCAAAUGACUUGUUAUGCCUCAUCAAAUCACUACAAUUUUCCUCUGGCUUGCUUUUGAAAAUGAAUAUACUCUUUGAUUUCCAACAUCCUUGGAUGCAGGAGAUGUAUGCAUCUUUAGCAAAAAUUUCUAAACAAUUACCAUCAAUUAAUUCAACUUGUUUCAUCCCAGUUCUUGAUGAUAUAAAUGAUGUUACUUAUAACCCUUCAGAAAGUCCCUUGCUGUAUUCAGGAAAUGAAACAGAAUAUUAUAUACAAAAUUUCAUUGACAAAUUAAUAGACUGGGAUGAGUUAGCAAUAUUCUUUAAGCAGUUUCAAGAUUUUGCAUAUUUGAACAUUCCUGCGAAUGAAGCCACACAAGGAAAUGAAGAGGAAAUCUCCAUUCCAUCUAAAAGUGAUUUUUCACCAAUCUGGACUACGUUGUCCAAAUGGUACCACGAGGAAACUGAGAAUGCGAGAAAUGGCUUGGAAAUGAUGGGGAAAGUUCUGGAGAACAACAAAUCAGUUCCAGAAAUAUUUAAUGCCAGUAUUUCUAUUUUAAAUCAUUUGGAUUUGCUAAAGGAGCUUAAAGCAAAUCCAGAUCCAAAUUUGCCGUCAAAAAGAAGUCAGCUGCCAUAUAAAUUUGAUCACAUAAGGCAUCCUUUUCUGAUGAUCGCAGAAACACUUCUGAACAAGACAUUUUGGAAGGAAUGGGAACAAGCACAAUCUCCAAGCAAUUUGAUUGCACAGUUUCUGUUUUCAGAAUUUGAAAAUGUCUUCCUAAAAGCAUCUGAUAAUAGUAAUGUCUCAUCAUAUUUCAUUUGCAUAAUGAACAUGUUUCAAGGGUCAGACGAUGGAUUAUCAGGAAAUUAUACUCUUCCUCCAAAAAUAAGAGAGCUAAAAGGAGUUCUUUUUAACUCUCAAAAUCCUUUUGCCACAGUUCCAGAUAUUCUGAUGUUAAAACUAACCCAUCUGCAGAACCUGACAUCCCUCCUUUGUGAUCUCGAGAGCAUUACAUGGUUGCAGCAAACAUGCCAGCUCCCUGACGUUACUUUUGCUGAGCUGUGCAGCCAAAGUGAAUUCCAGAAGAAGCUUCUUCCCAGUAGAAACCGAAGGGAUCCGGCACUGUCCAAUUUAAUUAGCAACAGAAGACUCGCCCAACAAUUUCAGGAAAUAAUUGUUGGGAAUCCCCAAAAGCUCCUGCAACAAAUUCAGUGGUUACAAGAAAAUAUCCCACAACUGAAAUAUUUCCGUGAUACCUCUAAGCGUAUUUCUUCCUUGGCUUCAAUAAUGAGUAUCACUAAGAUUACACCACAAUCCAGAAAACAAGAUAUGAUCAUCGAUCUGUUCCGAAAUCCUGAUGGCCUGAAGAAUGAUCUCAGAAAUAUUGUAGGAUUCUCUCCGCAAAGUAUCCGGGCUUUCACAGAAAUGCCUCUUUCGGAAAACAAAACACAGCUGAUGUUCCAAAUCCUGCAGCUGGAGUCCUGUAAUACGGAUACUGGUGAUGCUAAGCUGGAAGUCAUAGCAAAACAAUUCUGCAACUUCUCCCUUGCAGAAAGGACUUACAAGUCUUAUCUUUUGGGGAUCACAUUUCUGCGUUACUUAGAUGUCUACAGAUUCAUCUAUAAGAUGUUUUUCCCUAAGGAAUUCCAAAUUCCUAUGGAUAAGGCAUUAGAACUUCUGAAAGACUUGGAUCACUUGAGGACGAAGCUUGUAUCAGAUGUUCAUCCACUCUUAGAUGCAAUUCAUUCCCUGAAAAAGUUGAGGAUGGCAAGACAUGCACCACUUUCUAAGGCUUUAUUUGAGGUUAGCAAUCUAACAAUAAAUAGCAGAAUGUUGAACAUUUUAUCAAAAACUUUCUGCAACCAUGAAAUCACUCCCUUGUUUUUUGAAUCUCUACUACCUGAUUUUGAGGAGCAGAGUGUUCACCAUUCUUCUGCAAAUGAAGAUGAAAAUGUUCAACAUCUUAUGAAGAAAUAUAGUAUUCCGUCUGAUACUACACCUUUCUGUGUCUCCUUGUUUCUGGACUUGGUUAAGACACCUUCGGGAGCUUUGAUUUGGUCUUUCUUAAAGCCCAUGUUGCGUGGGCGGAUUCUGUAUUCCCCAGACACUCCUGAAACACGAGCCAUCAUGGAAAAGUCCAAUUCAACAUUGAAACUGAUGGCCGAUCUAACACAAAAAGCCCAGGAGUGGUUGGACCAUUCGCCUAUGCUCAUGGAUUCACUAGCCAUAUUAAAUGACACGCUUCCAAUGUUGAAGAACACAUUGCAGAAUCCUUUUGUACAAGUUUUCAUCAAACUCAUGGUGGAGCUGGAUGCUGUUGAAUUGUUAAACCAAAUUAAUCAACUGGAUGAUAUACGUUUGGAACUACAGAAUAGCACUGACAUAAUACAUCAACUUAUUACUUUAGCAAGAUUUUCAGUAAAUGCCUCUUCAUGUGUGCUGCUUGAUCGCAUCCAUCCAGGCAAAACUGUAGAGGAAAUGGAGAUGAUGGCAAAAGACCUGUUUCUGAGAAAUGAACUUUUGGCAGGUGUCAUUUUCAAUUUACCUUCAAAUGGGACAGGAAAACACAUAACACCCAGUGGAGUUUCCCUCCCACCUUUAGUCAAUUAUACCAUCCGAAUGAGCAGCAAGAUUUCCCAAACAACAAAAAGAAUACGGGAACAAAUUUGGACCGUGGGGCCACAUACUUCAGCCUCUCAAAGCCAAAUCUACAGUCGAGCAUUUGUCUACGUCCAAGAUAACAUCGAUAGAGCAAUAAUUGAGCUACAGACUGGGAAGAGUGCAGAAGAAAUAGCUGUCCAGGUUCAGGCUACACCGUAUCCUUGUUAUAAUAAAGACAUGUUUCUGACCAGUGUGACCUACUCUCUUCCGGUUACAUUAAUGGCUGCUUGGACACUUUUCAUUGCAGCUUUUGUGAAAAAGCUUGUUCAAGAAAAAGACUUGAGGCUUUAUGAGUAUAUGAAGAUGAUGGGUGUGAAUUCCAGCAGUCACUUCUUCGCUUGGUUCAUCGAAUGCAUCACAUUUCUCCUGAUUACUAACGUAUUUCUUGUUUUAUUUCUCAAAUUUGGGAAUAUCCUUCCAAAAAUAAAUGUUGUGAUCUUAUUCCUGUACGUUCUGGACUACAGCUUCUCCAUCAUAGCCAUGAGCUACCUCAUCAGCGUAUUCUUCAACAAUACAAACAUCGCUGCUUUGGUUGGCUGCCUGGUUUACAUCCUGGCCUUCUUCCCCUUCAUUGUCCUACUAGUGAUUGAGAAUCAGAUGAGCUUCACCGCCAAGAGCCUGCUGAGCCUUUUAUCUCCAACUGCGUUCAGCUAUGCAAGCCAGUAUAUUGCCCAUUAUGAAGAACAAGGCAUUGGUCUGCAGUGGGAUAAUAUGCAUGAAUCACCAAUGUCUGGGGACAAUACUAAUUUUAGCUGGAUGUGCUGGUUAAUUCUGAUAGAUUCUUUUAUUUAUUUCAUUCUGGGUUGGUACAUCAGGAAUGUUUUUCCAGGGAAAUAUGGGAUGGCAGCUCCGUGGUAUUUCCCACUCCUUCCAUCUUACUGGUCUGAGCGCAAUGGCUAUUUCCCUUUGUUGCGUGAGAAGUUAAGGGGAUAUCUUUUCACCAAUUUCUUCUUGAGAAAACAACCUACUUUCCCCGAAAAGAUGUAUCUAUACUGACAGGUUUGUUUCCUGCUUCAUCUGGCACUAUAUUUGUUUAUGGCAAAGAUAUCAGAACUGACCAAGAAUUCAUCAGAAAAAAUAUGGGAAUUUGCAUGCAGCACAAUGUAUUGUUCGAUUACCUCACCACAAAGGAACAUCUGCUUCUGUAUGGCUACAUCAAGAUGCCCCACUGGAGCAGAGAGGAGUUACGGGAAGAAAUAAACCGGAUUUUGAAGGAGACUGGAUUAUACAACCAUCGUGACAAGCUGACAGGCUCUUUAUCAGGAGGGAUGAAAAGGAAGCUCUCUAUUUCAAUUGCUCUGCUGGGAGGGUCAAAAGUUGUAAUUUUGGAUGAACCGACCACUGGAGUUGAUCCCUGUUCUAGGAGAGGCAUUUGGGAAAUCAUAUCAAAGAACAGAAAAGGCAGAACGAUCAUCCUUUCCACACAUCACCUGGAUGAAGCCGAGGUCUUAAGCGACAGGAUUGCAUUCUUGGAACAUGGGGCCCUCAAAUGCUGCGGGUCUCCAUUCUACCUCAAGGAAACGUAUGGCAGUGGAUACCACCUAACGCUUACUAAAGAAAAGAUCAAGUCCUGAUUAACGGGGGGAAGCCAAGCAAUCUGUCUCUCCUGCUGAGGAAGGCCGCAGCCUUGUUCAUUAAACGUUUCCAUCACACUCGACGCGAUGUGAAAGGUUUCAUAGCUCAAGUUAUCCUUCCGGUGUUCUUCAUGACAGCUGCUAUGGGCCUCGGCACCUUGAGAACAGAGGAGGCAGAAUACCCAUCUCUCCAUCUCACACCAGCCUUGUAUGGUUCCUCCAGCCAGUCGGACUUCUUCGGGAAUUACAAUCAGACCACGGAUGCUUUGGUUGCUUCGAUGUUCUCUUUUCCUGGAAUAGAUAAUAUCUGGCUAAGCAGAAGUAAUUUAACCCGUUUCAAGGAAGAUGUGGCUGAAAAGUGGAUAUUCACUGGAAAUCAGAGUGAGCAAUAUACUGCCUGCAAUUGUACACUUAGAGGAGAGAUACGGUGGCUGGAGUUUUGGGCUGCCUUUGACUAGUAAUCUCCAAUUUGAUAUAAACCCAAUACCUGCUAACAGAACAGUAACAAAGGUCUGGUAUAAUCCGGAAGGAUAUCAUAGCCUCCCAGCUUACCUUAACAGCUUGAAUAACUUCAUUCUCCGUGCUUACUUACCACACCGAAACGCCUCUGGAUAUGGCAUUUCUGUUACUACCCAUCCUUAUCCUGGUGGGGAGAGUCAAGAGCAAGUCAUGUUUAUUUCCUGGUGCCUGUUCUACUCUCGGUGGGCGUCAUUUCAGCUUUCCGGAUUCCAGCUUUCUUCAAUGAAAAUAACCUCUUGGCUGUAUUCCUGCUUCUUCUUUUAUUUGGAUAUUCAACAUUUUCGUGGAUGUACUUACUGGCUGGAUUCUUCAAGGAAACUGGGAUGGCCUUUAUUGUUUAUGUCUGUAUCAAUUUAUUCUUCGGCGUCAACACAAUCAUCACUCAUUCAGUUGUUUUUUUACUUUCACAAGAAAAACCUACUGAUAAGGCCCUGCAUGAUCUUGCUGAAACAUUGAGACAGGUUUUUCUGAUAUUCCCACAAUUCUGUUUUGGUUAUGGGUUAAUGGAAUUAUCUCAGUAUCAGGCCCUGAUGGGUUUUUUAAAAGCCUAUGGAGUGGAUUACCCUGAUAAAACAUUCGAAUUGGACAGGACAGCAUCCAAACUGCUUGGGAUGUUCGUUCAAGGAACUCUGUUUUUUACAGUCCGCCUCUUGGUUGAUGAUGGAACAGUUCAGAAAAUAUGGCAUAAAAUAUUACAGUUCUUAUUUAAUAAAUUGCAUGGUAAGUCUCCACUCUACCUUGAAGACAUUGUUGGGGAGGAAGACAAGGAUGUCAGAGCAGAAAGAGAGCGAGUGACACUCGGCUUGUCCGACUCGGAUGUGUUGCAGCUCCAGAAUCUUUCCAAAAUCUACCAUCUUCCCUACCGGAGGAUUGUAGCCGUGAGAAAUGUCAACAUUGGAAUCCCAGCAGGAGAGUGCUUCGGCUUGCUUGGUGUGAACGGAGCUGGGAAAACCACCAUUUUUAAAAUGCUGACAGGCGACAUUGGCCCAACUGACGGAAGGCUCCUGAUGCAAGAUGAAUCUGGAUCCUUGAGUGAAAUUCAUGAUGCACACCGUUCACAAUUUGGAUACUGUCCUCAAGAAGAUGCUCUAGAUGAUUUGUUGACUGUUGAAGAACACAUGUAUUACUAUGCACGGUUACAUGGCAUCCCGGAGGAAGAAAUUAAAGGGAUUGUAUUUCACCUUCUUUAUCGACUUGAUCUCAUGCCUUACCGAUGUAGAAUUGCCUCUAUGUGCAGCUAUGGCACCAACAGAAAGUUAUCGGCUGCUCUGGCCCUUCUGGGGAAACCAUCAGUUUUACUCUUGGAUGAGCCAAGUUCUGGUAUGGAUCCUAACGCAAAGAGGCAUUUAUGGAAAAUCAUCACUGAGGAAGUGCAGAACCAACGUUCAGUGAUACUUACUUCACACAGCAUGGAAGAAUGUGAGGCUCUCUGCACCCGCCUGGCUAUCAUGGUAAAUGGAGAGUUCCGGUGCUUGGGCUCAUUACAGCAUAUCAAAAGCAGAUUUGGAAAAGGAUUCACUGUGAAGAUGCAUUUGAGUAACAGUGUGGACAGCAUUGAGAAGCUGACUCUAUUUUUACAAACAAACUUUCCAAAUACACAUUUAAGGGACCAUCAACUGAACAUGGUGGAAUAUCACAUCCCAGUGUCUGCAGGAGGCGUGGCAAACAUAUUUCAACUUCUAGAAAUGAACAAAGCAGUUUUUGAAAUUAAACACUUCUCUGUGAGUCAAACAACACUGGACGAGGUUUUCAUCAAUUUUGCUAAAGCUCAAAGUAGCUCUGCUAUUUCAGAUGAAAUCACUUAUACCAGUUCAGAACCUUAAGGAAACACUUAACAGCUCUACUAAGCUUUAUGCCAAAUCUUCUUGACUCCUGUAUUAAAGCUUUUCUUUGCAAGUUAUUUUAUGCAUAUUGUAAUCUAGACCAUGAAUCCAGGCCCUUCCCUUUAUAUGAGAUUGGUCUUUCACUUCUUUCUCAAGUUUUUUUUAUACGUAAGAACGCAUAACAGAUACAAGUAUAUUUCUCAUCAUAUAUUUAUAAAACUCUUUCCAUGCUCCAACUCCCAAGAAAUAUAUUCAGUGAAAAAGAAGAGCUGCUCUGUGUUAAUGAAUAUAAGCCAAAAGAUUGCUAUAGAGAGAGAUUA